AUCGGAGACAAAGCUUACAUCCUCAACAACGACACAGAAGAGCUCUUCGCAUCCGAUUCAGAAGAUGAAUUACCAACGCAAUCGACAAAAACAGAAAUUCCAAAAAUGAUGGGACUAUCACAUCUAAUCAAUGCGGACGAAAGCGCUUACAAUUCAACAACCAGUGACGAAGAUGAUGAUUCACACCAAGGCUCUCCAAUACCUGAUGAUGCAAAUAGUAAUCACCUUGUACCAAUAGAAACUAUAUUCCUGCUAAUCAUAGCGUGGCUCCUUUCUUGCAUGCACCUCAUCUACAGUAUUUUUAUCCGAAGUCUUGGACUCUUUGGUUCGUGGAAUUCAACUCAAAUCCAAUCCGGAUUUCUUGAUUCUUGAAAUCAACUCAUCUCGCUAUGCCUACAAUAUGUCUUUAAAGGAAGUAAAUUUCAAUAUCGUCAAAGCGGUAUAUUCAGUUUAGAUCCAAUUAAAGAGGCAACAACAACAAAUGUCUUAAGUGCCAACAAUCAGGUAUUGGGUCGCUUGGGUAUGGUUGUUUCAAAUAAUAUAAAAAGCGAUGAUUCUUUGUUGGAUUGUUUGAAGGCAAUUCAGGAAUACUGUGAAGAACAACCAGCUCUGAGAGCCAAGGUUGCCCAGAUUAUUCAUUAUCUCUAUGAUAAGGAAUUUGUGUCUGAAGAAGCUAUCCGCAUGUGGCACAAUGAGUUGGAUGAUGAUUCAGAGUGGUUGAAAGCACCAUUGCAGAAACUCAUAGAAUAGCUAGGUCAAUCCAGCGAAGGCAGCAGUGAAGAAGAAAACGACGAUUAAAUACUUUUUCUUUUCUUCUUAACUUAAUGAUUCUUCAAUAAAAAAAAAACUUUAAAAAACUGCCUCUUUGGGGAUAGAAAAAAAAUAUGUUUAAUUCAAUAGAAAAUUUGAAUAUACAACAAAAGUAAAAUUAAAUAGAUUUUGGUUAGUUAAAGUAAAGUUAAAGUCAAAGUUGCAUUGUGCUGCUGCA